UUGAUUGAAACAUGCACAGCGUGUUUAGUUUCCAGGAAUUUGAUCGUGCUUUUUUGUUCAUGCAUUCACCGCUUUUCUCCUAAGCUUAGAUUAUAAUAACUGAAAUUCAAAUUUCAUUUCAAUAAAAAUAUAAAAUUGUGAAAUUCGUGGUUGGAAUAAUCAGUUAUCGAAAUGACAACCUAUUUACAUAUUACUAUUAUUGGGUUGUCUCUCUUUGGAAUUGUGAAGAGUUAUCCUAAUGGGAAAAACGUUGAUGAUUCCUGCGGCAGUAUGAUACCGAGUCAUGGGGCCAGUGCACAAUCUGUUACAGCUCCAUUUCAGAUAACCUUCUGCCCUGCCUGGUACCAGGCAGGCUCCACAGUUACCGUGACCAUCAGUAACACGUCCAUGACAUAUUUCAAAGGGUUCAUGCUUCAAGCACGACAAAACCCUGGAACCUCUACAAGAUACGGCACAUUUAUGACUACAGCGUACUCCAAUAAUGCUUGCUCUUCGAGUGCAGUGGUGCAUAAUGGCGAUGGAAAUAAAGCCAGGCUUUCUUUUCAAUGGACUGCACCAGCAGCAGCUUCAGGAAACCUCAAGUUUUUGGCGACUUUUGUUCAGAGUGAAAGAGUAUUUUGGGUCCAAGUGGCUUCAUCACAACUGACGGACAUGACUGGUCAAAAUGUGACAGCGACUAACUGCACAACUACUGAUGACUCUAGCAGCUCGGUGCGCACACAGAUGUCAUUUCUUUUUGUAGUUUUGUGCAUUUGUAUUUCCAAUGUACUUAUUAUUACCGUAUAAGUCUGCUGAAAUGGAUUCCUUUCUUGUUUCUUUAUGAGUAUUUUAUUUUAUUAUGCAUAUUAUGUUUUAUAAUUGUUUAUGAUUUAGUCACCCUUCGUAAUACUUCGUAUAUAGCAUUGGGAAAAAAUUAAGUUACUUUAUAUCAUCGUAAAUGAGAGACUACUUUCUAUAAAUUAUAGUUGUCUUAAAAUUUCCAAGAUUAUUUCUACAUUUGUUAUUAGUUUUUUAAAAAAGUUCUAUAGCUAUGUUUAGUAAAUUUAUAGAAAUAUAUAAAUAAAUAAAUAUUUCUUUACGUUUAUCCAUUUCAAUCUUAUAAAAUAACAUCUACUCUCAUUUUUUUGUUGAGGAUACUAUUUCGCGGAAUUGGAACAAUCAAAAAUGUUCCAACUUAAGGCUUUCACAUUGUUUUUCUUAUAAGCUUUUUAAAAAAAAAACAUCAAUGAAAAGGCACACGGAUAUAAUUUGCUUAUAAUUAGAUAUAAUGAAUCGGGUUUCUGAUAUUGUUAACCAUAAUAAUUAGCAAAGAUUUUGUUCUAUUAUUCUCAUAUUUCAUUGCAUACGCGUACCAGAUUAUCAUGAGGCCAGCACAAGUAUCUGCUAGUUUUAACGGCUAUCAGAUUAUGUUAGGUGAACUUAGAAACGUAAAAUUAUGUCUAGGAACUAUAGAUUCCAGCAGGAUUAGAACAGUUAAUCCUCUGUUUGGUGGCUCUACCAUCUAGUCCAUUCAUUCCAUUACAAUAAUAAUAAAGCUUUUUUUUUUCGAGUCCGAAGAGGUAUAUCCUAUGGCUAGGCAGUCCCAACUACGACCUACAUAUUUUGUGUAAAUAUUUCAUGUAUUCUUUUUAUUAUUAUUUAAUUGUUUAUUUUUAAAUUGUAUCAUAUCUAAAGUAUAUUUACUAAAGGCUUACAAUUGGGGAAAGUAUACUAAUAAUAUAUAAAAUAGUGGAGUAACUGGCUACUGGCUUUUUAAAAAAUCUCCUAGUCAAGAAAAAGUAUUUUAUUGUCACUGAACUAUGUUGAUAGCUUGUAGUAACUCUACAUUGAAGUGAAGAAGCAAAAAUUAAAAUACAAAACUUGAAACAAAGCAACAAUCCAAUCCUUAUUUGUAACAUGGUUUUUGUUCCAGCAAAGUUUUGUUGUCUAGUCCACAGCGUAAAAGGAUAUAAUGAACCAUAUGUAUUGUGGGGGGCACUGUGGCUGAGUAGUUAGCGCUUGGCUCCGAACCUGGGGUCCUGGGUUGGAAUGUCGGUGAAGACACCUAGCUCUAUUGGAUACCUGACUUAAGUUGGGGAAAGUAAAGGCUCUUGGUCGUGCUGACACGCGCUCGUUAAUUGCUAGCCAAAGAAACAGAUGAACUAAACAUCAUCUUCUCUAUAGAUCGUAAAGGUCUGAAAGGGGAACUUUACUUACUUACUAUGUAUUGUGUUCAGCGUAAUUAAUUUACUAUUCUAAAACACAGCCGUCAUUGUUUUGUCUUUAUAUUUUCUUUAUUGGAUAUGACUACUAGAGUUAGGUCAUCAUGAUCGUAUGGAUCAUUGAAAUUCCCAGAAAUCUGUGAGCUUUUAAUUUUUGUGUAAGCUUCUGAUAUGUUUAAAUAUAACUGUGUUGUCAUUGGAGAUUUUCAGACAAAUGAGGCAAAUUUAUAAAUAGCAAGAUUUACUGUGUAUCUAGUGCAGAGAAUACAGACGUGUUGAUCAAUUAGCCUUUUUUUUAGAACCAUGUAAUAAUUUAUUUGCCUUAUUUGGCACAUGAUUUUCAAAAAUGUCUGAAAAACUAUAAAUAGAUCUAGUUUGUUUGGUAUAUCCGGUGUACAGAAAAAAAGAAAGUGUUGAUGACCUUUUGGUUGAACAUCAAACUGAAAACCAAGAACAUGAUACCUUUUGGUUGAAUAUCAAACUGAAAACCAAGGGCAUGAUACCUUUGUUGGAACAUCAAACUGAAAACCAAGGGCAUGAUACCUUUGUUGGAACAUCAAACUGAAAACCAAGGGCAUGAUACCUUUGUUGGAACAUCAAACUGAAAACCAAGGGCAUGAUACCUUUGUUGGAACAUCAAACUGAAAACCAAGGGCAUGAUACCUUUGUUGGAACAUCAAACUGAAAACCAAGGGCAUGAUACCUUUGUUGGAACAUCAAACUGAAAACCAAGGGCAUGAUACCUUUGUUGGAACAUCAAACUGAAAACCAAGGGCAUGAUACCUUUGUUGGAACAUCAAACUGAAAACCAAGGGCAUGAUACCUUUGUUGGAACAUCAAACUGAAAACCAAGGGCAUGAUACCUUUGUUGCAAAAUCUCCAAUGCACAAUAAGGCUACGUGACAUUUGGCUUAUGUCAGUGUUGUUGCAUUGUGUGUGUUUUAGCUUCGCUGAUUUUGAUUUCAAUAUGGUUUAAUCUUUACAAACAUAUUUCUUAAUGUGAUUCAAUCUUAACUAAAAUAAAUACAUUUUAUAUUUCAA